AUGUGCCAGAUAUUUCUCCCGCAAAACGUAACACGUUGUUCUGUUUCCCUUUUGACAAUGAGUAAAACAAGUCCUCAAGAGGUGCCAGAAAACACUACUGAGCUUAAAAUCUCAAAAGGAGAGCUCCGUCCUUUUAUUGUGACCUCUCCAUCUCCUCAAUUGAGCAAGUCUCGUUCUGUGACUUCAACCAAGGAGAAGCUGAUAUUGGCUAGUUUGUUCAUAUUUGCAAUGGUCAUCAGGUUCCACAACGUCGCCCACCCUGACAGCGUUGUGUUUGAUGAAGUUCACUUUGGGGGGUUUGCCAGAAAGUACAUUUUGGGAACCUUUUUCAUGGAUGUUCAUCCGCCAUUGGCCAAGCUAUUAUUUGCUGGUGUUGGCAGUCUUGGUGGAUACGAUGGAGAGUUUGAGUUCAAGAAAAUUGGUGACGAAUUCCCAGAGAAUGUUCCUUAUGUGCUCAUGAGAUAUCUUCCCUCUGGUAUGGGAGUUGGAACAUGUAUUAUGUUGUAUUUGACUCUGAGAGCUUCUGGUUGUCAACCAAUAGUCUGUGCUCUGACAACCGCUCUUUUGAUCAUUGAGAAUGCUAAUGUUACAAUCUCCAGAUUCAUUUUGCUGGAUUCGCCAAUGCUGUUUUUUAUUGCUUCAACAGUUUACUCUUUCAAGAAAUUUCAAAUUCAGGAACCGUUUACCUUCCAAUGGUACAAGACCCUUAUUGCUACUGGUGUUUCUUUAGGGUUAGCAGCUUCCAGUAAAUGGGUUGGUUUGUUCACCGUUGCCUGGAUUGGAUUGAUAACAAUUUGGGACUUAUGGUUCAUCAUUGGUGAUUUGACUGUUUCUGUAAAGAAAAUUUUCGGCCAUUUUAUCACCAGAGCUGUAGCUUUCUUAGUCGUCCCCACUCUGAUCUACCUCACUUUCUUUGCCAUCCAUUUGCAAGUCUUAACCAAGGAAGGUGAUGGUGGUGCUUUCAUGUCUUCCGUCUUCAGAUCGACCUUAGAAGGUAAUGCUGUUCCAAAACAGUCGCUGGCCAACGUUGGUUUGGGCUCUUUAGUCACUAUCCGUCAUUUGAACACCAGAGGUGGUUACUUACACUCUCACAAUCAUCUUUACGAGGGUGGUUCUGGUCAACAGCAGGUCACCUUGUACCCACACAUUGAUUCUAAUAAUCAAUGGAUUGUACAGGAUUACAACGCGACUGAGGAGCCAACUGAAUUUGUUCCAUUGAAAGACGGUGUCAAAAUCAGAUUAAACCACAAAUUGACUUCCCGAAGAUUGCACUCUCAUAACCUCAGACCUCCUGUGACUGAACAAGAUUGGCAAAAUGAGGUAUCUGCUUAUGGACAUGAGGGCUUUGGCGGUGAUGCCAAUGAUGACUUUGUUGUGGAGAUUGCCAAGGAUCUUUCAACUACUGAAGAAGCUAAGGAAAACGUUAGGGCCAUUCAAACUGUUUUUAGAUUGAGACAUGCGAUGACUGGUUGUUACUUGUUCUCCCACGAAGUCAAGCUUCCCAAGUGGGCAUAUGAGCAACAAGAGGUUACUUGUGCUACUCAAGGUAUCAAACCACUAUCUUACUGGUACGUUGAGACCAACGAAAACCCAUUCUUGGAUAAAGAGGUUGAUGAAAUAGUUAGCUAUCCUGUUCCGACUUUCUUUCAAAAGGUUGCCGAGCUACACGCCAGAAUGUGGAAGAUCAACAAGGGCUUAACUGAUCAUCAUGUCUAUGAAUCCAGUCCAGAUUCUUGGCCCUUCCUGCUCAGAGGUAUAAGCUACUGGUCAAAAAAUCACUCACAAAUUUAUUUCAUAGGUAAUGCUGUCACUUGGUGGACAGUCACCGCAAGUAUUGCUUUGUUCUCUGUCUUUUUGGUUUUCUCUAUUCUGAGAUGGCAAAGAGGUUUUGGGUUCAGCGUUGACCCAACUGUGUUCAACUUCAAUGUUCAAAUGCUUCAUUACAUCCUAGGAUGGGUACUGCAUUACUUGCCAUCUUUCCUUAUGGCCCGUCAGCUAUUUUUGCACCACUAUCUACCAUCAUUGUACUUUGGUAUAUUGGCUCUCGGACAUGUGUUUGAGAUUAUUCACUCUUAUGUCUUCAAAAACAAACAGGUUGUGUCUUACUCCAUAUUCGUUCUCUUUUUUGCCGUUGCGCUUUCUUUCUUCCAAAGAUAUUCUCCAUUGAUCUAUGCAGGACGAUGGACCAAGGACCAAUGCAACGAAUCCAAGAUACUCAAGUGGGACUUUGACUGUAACACCUUCCCCAGUCACACAUCUCAGUAUGAAAUAUGGGCAUCCCCUGUACAAACUUCCACUCCUAAAGAAGGAACCCACUCAGAAUCUACCGUCGGAGAACCUGACGUUGAGAAGCUGGGAGAGACAGUCUAA